AUGCCAUCAUACAAACUUACUUAUUUCAAUGGACGUGGUCUCGGUGAAGUAUCACGACUAAUAUUUGCUGCUGCUGGUCAAAAAUUUGAAGAUGUUCGUUAUGAACGAGAUCAAUUUCCAGCACACAAAGCUGAAAUGCCAUUAGGUCAAAUGCCUGUCCUUGAAGUUGAUGGUGUUAAAUUACCACAAUCAUCAGCAAUUGCAAGAUAUCUUGCUAAAGAAUUUCAUUUAGCUGGUAAAGACAAUUUUGAUCAAGCAAAAGUCGAUGCUGUUGUUGAUACAGUUGGAGACUCAUUCAAGGGAUUUAUACCAACUAUUUUUGAACAAGAUCCAGUUAAAAAAGAAGAAAUCAAAAAAAAAUUCUUCACUGACGACUUACCAAAACAUUUACAAAAUCUUGAGACACUUGGUAAACUAUAUGGUAAUGGUGGUCAUUUCUUUGUUGGUAAUCAAUUAACAUGGGCAGAUUUAUACUUCUACAAUUUUGCACAAACAUAUAUUGAAGCCGAAGCUGAUUGUUUGAAUAAUUUUCCUUGGUUAAAACAGAAUCGUGCGGAAGUUGAAAAACAACCUAAAAUCGCAGAAUAUCUUAAGCAACGACCCAAGACACAGUUUUAA